CCAGCUCGUCAUCCUCGUUUGCUCAACACUUUUUUUGUUGCUGCAGACUCUCACAGGACGUGUGUGUAUGUGUGUUUGCAGUUUGUUCAUUUCUACUGCAAACAAACCGCCUUUUCUAUUUGGAUCUAUUUCUUCACUUUUACACUGUAGUUAAACCUGUUUUUUUAUUUAUAGGGAGAGGGGAGUUUGCUUUUUUUCUUAUGUGUGUGUGUUUGGGGGUAAAAGCUCAAAGAAGGAGAUAAAAAGAAAGAAAGAGUCAAGAAGGAGAAGAAGAAGGAGGAAAAAACAGAGAAACCUGGAGGAGGAAAAGGGCGUUCAUACUUCGAAGUGACCAUGGAAGUUCCUGGUAUGCAGAGUUCUCAGAUCGAUCCAGAGGAGUUGUUCACCAAAUUGGACCGUAUUGGAAAGGGAUCGUUUGGAGAGGUGUUUAAAGGUAUCGAUAAUCGCACUCAGAGCGUUGUUGCCAUAAAGACCAUCGACCUGGAGGAGGCCGAAGAUGAGAUCGAGGACAUCCAGCAGGAGAUCACAGUUCUCAGUCAGUGCGACAGUCCGUACAUUACAAAGUACUACGGCUCCUAUCUGAAGGGCAGUAAACUAUGGAUCAUCAUGGAGUAUCUUGGUGGAGGUUCAGCGCUCGACUUGCUCCGGGCGGGUCCGUUUGAUGAAGCUCAGAUUGCCACCAUGCUGAAGGAGAUCCUGAAGGGCCUCGACUACCUGCACUCUGAGAAGAAGAUCCACAGAGACAUCAAAGCUGCCAACGUCCUGCUGUCGGAGCACGGUCAGGUGAAGCUGGCGGACUUCGGGGUGGCGGGUCAGCUGACGGACACACAGAUCAAACGGGAAACCUUCGUGGGAACGCCGUUCUGGAUGGCACCUGAGGUCAUCCAGCAGUCCGCUUACGACUCCAAGGCCGAUAUUUGGUCGCUGGGCAUCACGGCGAUCGAGCUCGCCAAGGGCGAACCGCCGAACUCGGACAUGCAUCCGAUGCGAGUGCUGUUCCACAUCCCCAAGUCUCCUCCUCCGACGCUGAGCGGAGAUUUCUCCAAGAGCUUCAAAGAGUUCACCGAGGCCUGCCUCAACAAGGACCCUGCCUUUCGUCCCACAGCCAAAGAGCUCCUCAAACACAAGUUCAUCAUCAAACACUGUAAGAAGACGUCCUACCUCAGCGAGUUGAUCGACCGGUACAGGAGGUGGAAGGAGGAGGGGCACAGCGACAGCAGCUCUGACGACUCGGACAGCGAGUCCAGUAAUAAAGAGAACAGCGAGUCUCCUGAAUGGUCGUUCACCACCGUCAGGAAGAAGAAGACAGACGGCAGGAAGGUUCUCAAUGGAACGGGUCAGGAUCAGCUGAGUAAAUCUGCCAGUCUGACCACAGUCAUCUCUCCCGUCUUCACUGAGUUGAAGCAGCAGCACAAAGAGCACUCUGAGCAGCGAUUGGCCAUCGAGGAGUUGGAACGCAACAUCCGAUUGGCUGAAGACGUCUGUCCCGGCAUCACGGACAGGAUGGUUACACACAUCAUUGCCAGGUACCAAAAAUUCACCACCAACUGAAGGACGGAUGGAUGGAAAUAAUAAAAAGGAAGUACGUUAUUUGAAGAGAGACUGUGUCUCCGUACGGUGACGCUGCUGGAUGAUUGGAAACGGAGAUUUGCUGUGCGACGUCUCCUCGCUGUACACACACAUCACAUAAACACACACACACACACACACAUGACACACACACUACUAAUGUAAUAUAUACACUAUAUCAUAUAUAAAUAUUAUAUAUUCACUGCUGCUGGUUGAAGGCCUUUUUUCCUCCCCAAGCUGUAGCCGAAGUUUUGAAAAUACAAUCUAAGUUGUCAGCUAGAUUUGUGGUUUUCAUUUCCCCUUUUUGUUAGUUAGGUCGAUGAACUUCUUUUUCUCUUCCUUUAAUCAUUUUCUAGUUUUGAAUAAUAAGCAGACCGUUUAGUCAGACUUAAUUCAAACUUAAGUCUACUUAAGUUAUGUUUUCCUUCCUAAAUUACCAUCAUGUGCCUUAAUUAUUUAUGCUAUCAGUCAUUUUCUAAAAAGUAGAUGUCACUUUUUGUAUGGAGAUGUUUUUUUUUUGUUUUUUUGGAAAACUGCACAAAAUAUAUAGGAGAGGGUUCUCAUCCAUCAGCAGUAGUAUGUUUUGUGUCAUGCCUUGACUUUGUAGAUGUCUGUGUUUUGUUCAGUAGCACUUGAGACAUAUUAUAUGCCAAUAUUACAUUUUUGUUGUCUUCAGUAAUGGUUUAAAUUACAGUUCUCUGAUCCCAGAAUUUAGUCAAGGUCCAGAUCUACCUUAAACAUAUAAAAUAUUCAGUUUUUUCAAGGUUAGGUUUUGUAAUUUUAGCUCUGAAUUGAGCUUAUAAAUGCUAUUAAAUAUGUUUAUCCACCACUGGAACAGAGCUGAGAAGACGGGAGAAGCAACCGAAUGAUUUGUAUAGUAAUUAUUUUAGACAUUUAAGUUGAAAAACCAACCCUAAAACUAAACACACUUAAGGAAUAUAUGUUUGCAAAUAUGUUUGUCAAAGCUCUGCAGUGAAAACUCAAAGAAAUUUUAAGAAUCCAGACCCCUUUAAAACUCUACCCUAACUACGCUUUGCUAACAAAUAAGCUAGAUAGCUGACUGCAAUUAAAUGUUUUUAACAUAAAGGUGUAAGAUAAAUGUUUAAAUGGUUGCCAUUUGCAAAAGAUCAGUGUAGUUUCAUGUGUUUGGUAACAUAACUAAUAGCAUUGCACAACCGUUAGCAUCCAAAUUAGGUCUUGGGGUUGAAAUCUUGACUUUGCCUUUGGUUUGGAAGUACUGUUGGUUAAGAUUUUAUUCUGGGAUUCGUUUUCUGGGAUGUGCGUAGUUCAAAAGGGAUCUCUUUGGAAAGAAACAAAAUAAAAAUUUCCCAGGAUCUGCACAAAAGGCACAACCACACAAGUCUUCCACUCGCUCAUGAGAGGACCGUGUCCUUUUUUUAUGCAUCAAGUUUGGGAAAGCAUUGUUGAGGACUGUCAACUUGUGUCAGAAAGUUGAUUCUUAACAUGAUGCUCGAUGCUGGACGUUGUUCUUAAUACCUAACAUUGGAAAGUAGCACAGGUCCUUGUCAGGAGUGUGAAGAGAGCUGUAAUCGAAGGUAUUACUGAUCAUUUGUACCAAAGACACUAUAAAUCUUGGUCAUUGUAUAUUUUUGUCUUUUUAUAUAUCAUAAGGGAUAUGACAAUGCUUGUUGAGGGGGGGGAAUGAAAGAUGUAAGAUUUUACAGAAGUGUGCUCUUUUUUUUUUGUAGCGGGACUUAGAGUUUUAUGAAUAAAUAUUUAAGUUUGA